GGGGCGGGGCUUCCUGUCCGGGUGGCUCGGGUGCUGGGCUUGAAGCUAUAUACCCCGCACGUGGCGCGCACUUUAGGCGCGGGGGCUUCUGAGCGGUUUUCGAGGCGGACGUCACGCGCAGAGGCCGUUGGAUCGGCCGGUAGAACCGUCCCUGUGCCGUUCCUGCCCCGGCGCAGGGCGAGCGGCCGCCGGUGGCGCUGAGGCUCGGCGCGCUUCCGUCAUGGACUACCGGCGGCUGCUGAUGAGUCGGGUGGUUCCGGGGCAGUUUGACGAUGCCGACUCCUCGGACAGUGAAAACGUUGACUUGAAGACUGUCAAAGAGGAAGGUGAUAUUCUGUUUGAAGACCUUCAGAAUAACGUGAAUGAGAAGAUGGGUGAAGGUGCCAUUGAAAGGGAGGAGGAGGAAGAUUAUGACGACGACGACGGUGAUGUGGACUGGGACGGUGAUGUGGACUGGGACGGUGAUGUGGACUGGGACGGUGAUGUGGACUGGGCCGGUGGACUUGGAAAACUGACCCGGUGUUCGGCCUCAGGCGGAGGGAGUAGCCUGCAGGCAAAUCGACAGACUCCCAGCUGCAAUUCAGCCAAAAUGUCUACUCCAUCAGACAAGGUCUUACGGAAAUUUGAGAAUAAAAUUAAUCUAGAAAAACUAAACGUUACUGAUUCUGUCAUAAACAAAGUCACGGGAAAGCUUAGGCAAAAGGAAGCAGAUAUGUAUCGCAUCAAAGAUAAGUCGGACAGAGCAACUGUAGAACAGGUGUUGGAUCCCAGAACACGAAUGAUAUUGUUCAAGAUGUUGACGCGAGGAAUCAUAUCAGAGAUCAAUGGCUGCAUUAGCACAGGAAAAGAAGCUAAUGUAUAUCAUGCUCGCACAACAAAUGGAGAGAGCAGAGCAAUCAAAAUUUAUAAAACUUCUAUUUUGGUGUUCAAAGACCGGGAUAAGUAUGUCAGCGGGGAAUUCAGGUUUCGUCAUGGCUACUGUAAAGGCAACCCCAGAAAAAUGGUGAAAACCUGGGCAGAAAAGGAAAUGAGGAACUUAAUCAGGCUAAACACAGCAGAGAUCCCGUGCCCAGAACCUAUCCUGCUACGAAGUCAUGUUCUCGUCAUGAGUUUCAUUGGCAAAGACGACAUGCCAGCGCCGCUCUUGAAAAACGUCCAGUUAUCAGAAUCCAAGGCUCGGGAGUUGUAUGUGCAGGUGAUCGAGUACAUGAGGAGAAUGUACCAGGACGCCAGGCUCGUGCACGCGGAUCUCAGCGAAUUCAACAUGCUGUACCAGGGCGGAGGCGUGUGGAUCAUUGACGUUUCUCAGGCCGUGGAGCACGACCACCCGCACGCCUUGGAGUUCUUGAGGAAGGACUGCGCCAACGUCAGCGAUUUCUUUCUGAAGCAUGGGGUCGCCGUGAUGACUGUGCGAGAGCUCUUUGAAUUCAUCACGGAUCCGUCAAUUACACACGAGAACGUGGACGCGUAUCUGGCGAAGGCCAUGGAAAUAGCAUCUCAAAGGACCAAGGAGGAAAGGUCCAGCCAAGACCAUGUGGAUGAAGAGGUGUUUAAGCGAGCUUAUAUUCCUAGAACCUUGAAUGAAGUGAAGCAUUACGAGAGGGAUAUGGAUAUAAUGAUGAAAUUGAAGGAAGAGGACAUGGCCAUGAACGCCCAGCAGGACAACAUUCUAUACCAAACUGUCACGGGACUGAAGAAGGAUUUGUCAGGAGUUCAGAAGGUCCCUGCACUCCUAGAAAGUCAAAUUAAGGAAAGUCAAGUUAAGGAAAAGACUUGUUCUGAUUCAGAAGAUGCCAGAAGCUCUCAGUGUUCUGACACAGACUCUGAAGAGCAGGGAGACAACGCCUGCUCCAGGAAGCCCACCGCUGACCUUGGAGUUGAUAAAAAGGAAAGAAAAAAGAUGGUCAAGGAAGCCCAGAGAGAGAAAAGAAAAAACAAAGUUCCUAAACAUGUGAAAAAAAGAAAGGAGAAGACAGCCAAGACGAAAAGGGGCAAAUAGACCCAGAACUGUAUGAUGUACAGUGAUUUCCCAUCACCUGCUCUCUGAGCUGCAUCUGGAGGAUGGGUUAUUGAUUUUAACGGAAUGGUUAUUACUGCAAUGUCCAUGUGGACGGAUUCAUGUGUUUUCACGUAAUUAUGUAAAAAGCUCUAAGCUCUAGUGUCUAGGUCUAGUCCCUAGCUCUGCAUGGUAUUGAUAGAGGAUUGUUUAAGCUCCUAUUUUAAUGAAGAACUUUAUACAGUUUUACUUUUGUAUAUAUUUUCUCCUGCAAUAUGGUUUUUGAAGCAUCUUAACUGUUUAAACGGAUUGAGCAUUCAUGUGAAGGCACUUUGGACAAACUUGGGCAAAUUGUGUUUGCUUUGUUUGUACCUGUGCCAAAGACCCAUCUGAAAUCGUCUGAUUAUAAGGCCACGGUUUCUACAAAAGGGGGUUUCACUGAUUUAGAGAAUUCAGUUGUUGAUAUAGUCGUUCGUCGCAGCUUUGCUCUAUGUGUAUUGAUGAUGAUUUACAAUAAGUUACUCUUCAUCUUUCAUAUUCUUUUUUGAGCUAGGACCUCCUAGUUUAUAAGCUAUUUCUCACUCAACUAAGACCUGUUCAUUCAUUCAUCAAAUAUCUGAGUAUUUUAGGUUCGAGGGAUACAGCAGUAAAUCAAAAGCAAUUUCCAUAGAUAAACCUAGUUUCCCUUAAACCGAAGCUUGCACCUGCUUGUUUGAGAGUCAGUGGGUUAUUGAGGGAGGGGUGGGUCUACUGGAUAAAGCAGACAAAAGUUACUACCUUCAGCUGGUUUGCAUUUUAAUAGGAAGACAAGGCGUUAAACAAAAUAAGUAAAAAAUAGUCUAUCAGCAGGUGAUAUAUUCCGGAGGAGGGGAAGAAAUAAUGUAGAGAAGAGAAUGCCUGGGGCAGUGGGAGAGUGCAGGUUUAAAACAGGCCACGCUGAGAGGCCAUAUUUGGGCAAAUACUUGAAGGAUGUGAGUCAUGUGCAUAUCGGGAGAGAAGAGCAUUCCAGGCAUAGCAAACAGCAAGUGCAAAGGCCCCGAGGCAUAAGUGUGUCUGAAAUGUUUCCAGAAACAGGGAGCUAGAGCAUUG